AUGGAGCGACACACCACUUCAACCUCCCACUUGAUCCAGACCGUCCGGAACGGCCUGUCUGAAAUGACAUGGACAACAUUCUUCGCUGUCUUGGUGUUUUCAUGCAUCGCGACCCGCGUUAUUAGCGGAUUACAGAGCCGACAGCGUGAAUAUGACCCGAAAGAGCCACGUACCUCGCGGUUGGCACCGUACUGGUUCCCCUGGAUCGGACAUGGAUUUCAAAUUGUCUGGAAUCAUCUUGGCCUCUUCGAGUCUUUACGAGAAUCCAUGGAUGAGCCUGUGUUUGGCAUCUACCUGCGGGGCGAAACCUAUGACACUGUGGUAUCACCAUUGAUGAUGAACACUGUUAUGUCUUCAAAUGCAUCAAAUGCUCCUGUGCUCGAUCAGGCUCUGCAAAAUGUCUUUGGCGACCGCAGUCUUACGCGCAGCGUUCAGCUGAAUCGCAACGAGGAAAUCAGUGACAAUGUAGCUGAGCUCAUAAGCAAAGAUUCAUUUGCGACUGAAGUGUCAGCCCUCAUUACCAAGUUUUUGCAAAACAAUGUUUCAAAUCUCGUCACAUUCUCUCGCAGUCCCGUUGACAUGCCCCCCUGGGAACGUGAUAGCGAUGUGACCAUGUCCGAGGAAGACAACUCGGUUUGCGAAGUGAAGCUCUUUGAGCUCAUGCGAAACUUCAUGGGCCACAAUCUCUCUACCCUGUUGAUGGGCGAGGCGUUCUUGGAAAACUUCCCUAUGUCCCUGGCAGACCUAUGGACACUAGACAGAAACUAUGUUCCCUUAUUUGUUGGAGCUCGUCGCUGGAUUCCCAGCCCUGGAGUGUCGUCGGGCUUCGCUGCGCGGGACCGGCUAAUUCAUGUCAUGUCGGUCUUUUACCGUGCAUUUUCAGCCUUUGAUGAUGGCAUUGACCCUGGCAUCGAACUUCGUGACCUCGAUGAUGUUUCCGAGUUGGUAAAGCAGAGAAUGCGGACCUUCCGGAAAUUGGAUUUGUCCCCUGGAGCUAGUGCGGCGGCCAACCUUUCUCUGUACUGGGACAUUGUCGAACACACCACUAAGAUUACCUUCUGGUCGAUUAUUCACAUCUUUGCGGAUGGCGCACUUUUGAAAGAAAUUCGCACUGAAAUCGCCUCCUGCGUGAACGCCACUCGGCCCACCCGCGAAGAAACUGGUUUCCCCUUCGACGAGCCCCCCAAGCUCAACCUCGAUCUCGAGAAACUGCUUGUUUCAUGCCCAUUAUUCAAGGCAUGCUACUACGAGACCCUCCGCCUACACUCAGCAGGAAUCUCAUUCAGGAAGUUGGAAUCAAAUCUGACUGUGACCGAGUCGAAAGAAGACGCAACUGAGCCUCGCACAUACAAGCUUAGCAAGGGCAAGAAAGUCGUCAUGCCGCACGGCGUGUACCACAAUGAUCCCCAUCGCUUUUCCAACCCAGAUCAGUACGAUCCACUACGCUUCAUCGUGACUGAUGCUACAACUGGUGCCAAGCAGGCUAGAGCAGACCCGAUUGCGCCUUUCGCGGACGGCUUGUACGGCUCGAAAAAUAACAACUUUACGGAGCGGGCCAUCCUAGGCUUUACCGCGUCUAUCGUAUCGAUGUGGGAUAUCCAAUCGGCGAGUGAGAAGGAGCUCGCAGUUCCCCCGCAUAGGACAACCUGGGGCGCAUUUCACCCGGCAAAGGAUGUCAAGGUGAAGUUGAAGCCGAUGGUAUAG